AUCUAGAGAGCGCCCAGCUUGACUCGUUCUCUUUCUCCUUUAUUCUUCAUUUUGUUAAUUCAGUAGCCUGUGUACAUUUGAUUUUCUUUUGACAUUAUGAGGAAACAACGCUGACAAUAGCUACUGUCAAUAGCUACUGCCUUUGUGUCAUCGCUCUGUGGAAUUGUUGACAGCAAAUUUUUCCAUUUACACAACGAAACCAAAACAAUACCAAGGGACGUGCGAGAGUCAAACACUUCAACUUCUGUUUCUUUCCGGACAUCAAAUGAUCAGUUAAUAACUCAUCAGUGAAAUCAUGUGGUCGCUUGUGCUUGAAAAGAUGAGAUUUCACCACAUGAUAGGUGUGAAACGGGGCGAUAAUGAGCUUUAUCAUGAUCGUGAGGGCUUCAGCGACGAGGGAAACAAUGCAAUUUCUGAGAUCCCGUCUCCUACAGUCCCUCAAGGUGGAAAACAAAUGGCACUGCCGUCAGGAAUGGAUCCCAAGCGUGCCGCCGCCAUGUUGGAAAGGCGCCGCGUAUCUGCAUCUGUCAAUGAAAUACGGGAUUUAUACAGCGCUUUGCAAGAACUUGUCCCGGGCAAUACAUCAUCUUCACCUCAACAUCGGGCAAUUUCAACAGAUAUUAAUUUUGAAAGUGUUUCAUCGAAUCCCACCUCUCCUAACUUGAGGAGAAGAAAUGCUGAAAAUGGUGCAAAAGACGCGCCUCGAUCCCCGACAAGCGAGGAUGAAUCAACACGAGUUAGAAGGCUUCUUCCGGUGACCCCUGACUCACCAGCCAAUCAACGCAAGUUAAAACCUAAGGUCAUUCAAGCUCUUGACGUAAAUGCUAAUCAUGGUUUAACCAAAGGAAAACGUUCCCCUAAUAUGGGCAGGCGAGGGUCCAGUGGUGAGGUACUAUUGAGCAUACAAACCAGUAGACUGGGAAAACCAUCGCCUAAUAUGGGAAGGCGAGGAUCAAGUGGUGAAGUCCUUCUAGGCGUGCGAGCCAAUCAGGUUAAGGCACCCAAAAGUCCUUUAGCAAUGACAAGAUGGUCUUCACACCUUGAUAUCGCUGAUGUCUGUGAAACCAGGUCAACGGUUCCAGACUCACCAAAUCCACUCAGAUUGGACAGACUUGUCAGUCCAGAACGGCUUGGUAGGCGUGGAUCAGAGGGAGGCAUUUUGACCCCAAAUAUGGACAAAAGCGAUAAAAAGUUUAGUCCCCUUAAAAUCAAGAGAAGGGGCUCAAGUGGUGAUAUCCUCAGCACGGAAAACAUAGAGAAUAUAUCCAACGGCCUUACGAGUAGUACUGUUACGUCACCACGAAGUGGCGCUGCGUUGGACAUUGACUCGUACCCAAGACGAGGCUCCCUGAUGAAUGCACUUACUAAGUUUUCGCAUUCCUUUAAAAGAAAAACCCCGCCAGCAAGUCCACAGCGUAAAGAGGCUGCAGAUGCAAUCGCAGCUCACCAGACAGUCGUUGAUGGGCCUGUGCCGACCAAAAAGUUACCCAGACUGGAGAGUCAAAUGGAUAUGUUGUUGAAUUCCCUGCAAGAUUUGCAAGGAACAGAAGAGGUGCAUACGAAUGCAAUUGACACAGAGACCCCAAGGAAACACGAUCAACGUCGAGGAAGCCUGGGCACUGAGAUGCAGGAACUCCUUGGAGCCCUACAUGAACUUUCUAACAUGGCAACAAGCUCAGACUCAGACUCUAUCGGUGAAAACGAGUCGAGGUCGAGGCGUGGGUCUGAGUUACAAGAUCGAGUGCCGGUCCAAAGGGAAUCACUUGAUCAACUGGAGGCUUAUUUCACAGAAAAGUUACGAGACGCAACUCGGGCUAAUGCUUCAAAAUCACCUUCUGAGCGGUCUUCUGAAAGUGAAGCCCCGCACUCGGAUAGAGAAGAUGCUGAAUUGAGCCAAGUAUCGUCCGAAAUGUCCAGCAAGAAAAUUUCUCUAGAAAUAGGGAUGGCCGAUGAGGGAGUCGACAUCGUUGAUGGCCCCUCCGAAGUUCUACCGAUGGAGUCCGAAGUUAAACGGAGUCCUCUGAUGGAGGACCGUGAAGAAUUUGCUAGCCAGGUAAACAGAAAACUCCAGGAUUGGCUAGCAAAGGCAACUGCAUUAUCAGAAAGAGAAAAAACGGAACCAAGCGACAACUUAACGACGUAUGAUAGUGAAGGGGCAAAGUAUGAUUCCCCCGAUUCCGACGAAAGUGACUACAACAAAGACAAAGAACCAAAGCGAAUGCGACGGAACCUCUUCUCUAAGUUGUCACUUCUUCGCCGUGGUGACAAAGCCAAGUUCAAGCAUCGCAGGACAAAAUCUAUGCAUGAUGUUACCUUUUUAGGUGAAAACGACUGUUCCCUUCAAGCUGAAAAUUCUCAAAAGGCGAUCACACAGACUGAAAAAAAGUCUCGGCGUCCAAGUGUGACCCGUUCACUGUCCAUGUACAAUGUUACGCUUCCGCGAAGUAAAAGCACUAAAACCCGACAAGUCAAAGAAGCUGAAGACUUAUCACAGGCUACUCUUAAUGCUGAAAAACCGCUCAAGCCACAGAGUACGCACGUUGUGGAAACACAUACACCCGUAAUAUUGCCAAACAAAGGAAGCAUUGUAACGUCGCAAGUGAUUUCAACCUCCAGUAAAGAUUAUUGCAGUGCCCUUGAUGCUAAAAAUCUUUCGGUGGCUUCGGCAAAACGUGAACUUAAUAAAACCAGACAUAGUGCAGGGGAUACAAAUGUAAAACUGUUUGUACAAAAAAAACGAUUGCGUCGAUUGCCUACUAACUUGCCAUUCUUUUAUACGCCAGAGGCGGCUGAUACUCGUUCCUGUAACACUGACACAAAGAAGCCUCCGAGAAAAACUGACGCUCAAAUUAAAACUAAACAGUUAGCAAACAAUCCUCCAAUGGAAGAAAUUUUCUACAAUGAGAAGAAAAGUGACUCAAGAAAAUUGAAAAAGGCCUGCAGCAAUACACUGUCCUGUCCGCGUAUUCUCGUAAACGAGAGCACACAUUAUUUUUUUGGAACGACUCAAGAAAAUGGACAUGGUGAUAGCGACAAAGGUACACUGUUUUAUCAAGGCUCAUCCCAGUCUCCUUUGCGACGCUUUCCAUCAGUUGACAGUUUCUUAAACUAUACCAAAGAUCUGCAAGGAUGCGAGGAGCCUCGGGCGAAUGGGUCUUGUAAUUAUGGACACGAGUUAGGAGCCGAUGAUGCAACAAGGAAGAAUCUUUUCAGAGGUCAGUCACCAUGCCCUUCUUCACCAUCUCAAGUCUGGGGAAUAGAAUUCACCAUCUAAAAAUUGAAAGAACUCUACACAACACAUUUAUAGGAACGUUACUGCUUCUAAAGCACAAAAGAUUUAUUUUAGUCCUUAUUUCAUACAACCGAUCACUUCUACAUAAAUGUUUUGCUCCUGUUUUGUUAUCAAAAGGUUUUAUUCAUUUUUACCAUGCAAAUCAUAGUUCAGUUAUUGAAUUUCAGUCAUUUAUCUCAUUUGUUUUCAUUUCAUUCUGCAAGUAUACAGUAUGAUAUGGAAAUUAUUACAUUUACUACGUAUUAAAUACUCAAAACCAAAGAAUAAAUAUUAAUUUUUAUUUAGAAUUUAGUAAAACAAAUUACCCUAGCUCUCUAAAGAUUAAUUGAAUUGCCAUGCAGUUAUGGUGUUUCUGUUCAUUGAGAAAGGAGAAUUUAUCCUCAAAAAUUAAAUUGCUUUCUUAUGAAGCUUGGAUUGACAUUUGAAAAGACUGUUAUACAGGUAUAAUGUAGUAAGAAAUGCAAAAUAUCUCAAUUCUACAAUAAAAAAUAUACUCUCUA